GCACUUCCGGGUUCUAAUGUUUACAACUGGGAGCAGCGUUGAAACCACAGAGCUGUUUUCCUGGCUCAUGAAAAACACGUUUUAUGUUGAAAACAACAUGUACUUGAAGUGCUAGAAUUUUGCACUGUGUGACGAGGCACAGGCUGCAGGGCUCCAUCAUCAGGAUCAGCUGCUGAGACUCCAAGUAUAGAAUAAACUAUGAAGAAGAAAAGCAGACGUCCAAGGUCUUCUGAGACUUCACGACAGACCAGCGGGACAACAGUGAGCGUCAUUGAGGAGAAGAGGCCACCUGGAAACAGAGGGAGACCUCGGAAGACUGUCCCUGUAACCACAGACCGUUUCUACAAUGAUGACACUGCAAAAGACAAGACUGCUAACUUAGACUGCAGUGUGACAGCAGCUGACAACACACAAAAACAUACAGAGAGCAAGACUAGGUCUUCAGCAGGUAGACUGUCAACAGCUAUCUGUCGGCUCUGCCAUGGAAAGUUCUCUCUACGCAGCCUGCGGCACGCCUUCAACAAGUGGCCUCAGGAUUCCAUUGAUAUUGUUGACGAUGAGUCAGACACAGCUCAGUCCCCCCUUUUAUUCCACACAGACUUCCAGCAACUGGUUGGGGUCCAGUUGGACCGUGACCCCCGGUUAUCAGAGUUUAUCUGUAAGAAAUGCCACUCCAAGUUCUACAAGUGCCACAGCAUCCUGGUCAGGUUUCUGCAGAGAGUCAACCUCCCACCAGUUGGGAAAGAGAACCUGAAAAGCUGGAAGAAGUGUCCAGAGGCAUCAGUAAACCAUGGCUCACAAACACCACAGUCCUUUACCUCAGACCCGAAGUGCCUCCACAGCCUGGUGUCCUGGGUUCACCAUCACGGUGAGGCCUGCCGCUCCUGUCCCAACCUGAAGGAGGUGCUGGAGGGCCAGUGCUGGGGCUCUGUUCAGGCCGCUUGGGGUUGUGUUGAUGGUCACAGAUACAUCAUGGAUACUCAAUGCACAACCACUACCAACCCAAGGUACUCUAUGAACUUAUGCAGUGGAUUGUUAGGGAGUGGCAAUGGUGAUGGAGUGAUGUCAUGGGCGGAGGAACAGGAGGAGGAAGAUGAAGAAGAGCAGCCCAGCGGGAAUGCAAGGACCGCAGCGGGAAGUAUAAGCACUCUGGCUCAACCCCCUGCAGUCACAGUACACUCUCAGAGCUCAGCGUUGGCUGACUGGACCUGCAACACUGAAGAUUUUAUAGGUCAUGAGGAGGCAUUGUCUCCUGCUGCGGCCCAGCUGCAGGACAGGGCUGCUGACAGUGAUCUGUCAGACAGGGUUAUCUCAGAGGAUGACUUUGAGGAGAGUAGAAAAGGAGGGUUAUCAGACGAUGAGUUGUUCGAGCCAUACUCAGACAAGAGAGCUCGCAGGGUGACCGUCCCCAACAAGAGAAGAAGAAGCCCGAAGGCCCAGGAGGAGCCCAAAAUAAGAAAGAAACCUGGACCCAAACCCGGUUGGAAGAACAAGUUCAAACCUAAAGGAGAGGAGCUGCCCAACAUCUACAAGUGUCCGUAUCAGGGCUGCACAGCCGUCUAUAGAGCUCCUGAUGGUUUGAAGAAGCACAUCAAGGAGCAUCAUGAGGAGGUGAAGGAGCGACCCUGCCCUCAUCCCGGCUGCAACAAGGUUUUCAUGAUCGACCGCUACCUGCAGCGACACGUCAAGCUCAUCCACACUGAGGAGAGGAACUACAUUUGUGACCAGUGCGGCCAAACCUUCAAACAGAGGAAACACCUUUCAGUUCACCAGAUGAGACACUCGGGGGCAAAGCCACUGCAAUGCGAGGUGUGUGGCUUCCAGUGUCGCCAGCGAGCGUCACUGAAAUAUCACAUGACCAAACACAAGGCGGAGGCUGACCUGGACUUUGCGUGCCUGAUGUGCGGGAAGCGUUUCGAAAAGGCCCACAACCUGAACGUCCAUAUGUCCAUGGUCCACCCGCUGAUUCAGGCCAAGGUUCAGAGAGGCAGCAGUGAACAGCAACAGCCGCCGCCGUACUCUGACCUGCACGCCAUCACGCUGACCGGGGAGGUGGUUCAGCAAGACCAGGACAGAUGACGACAGGGAGUCCAGACGUGGUGCACGGGUUCUGACAACCUGUACUGUAGUGUCCAGUUUGUUCUCAUUCAGGUCAUGGACUGAGAUGGGACAGGCUGUAUAUCUCAGUUCUCUACCAAGAUACAAAUUAUAGCUUAGGUUUAAUGUCAGAAGAAAACCAAACUGUUGUCUUGAACAUAAAGUUUCAUUUUAGUAGAUAUUGAUCUGCUGAUAAUUACUAUUUUAUGGACAGCUCUUUCAAUUAUCACUUUUUAUUCCAAACUUAAUCUUUCUUGUCAGGACAUCUUCUGACCAAUCAGACCACAUGUUUAGCUUUUCAACUUGCUUUCGGGGAAGCAGCAAGCUUUCUUUCACUUGUUACAUUGACAGAUGUUCUGAAGUGAAGGCAUUUAGAAUCUUAGGAUCCAAGCUUCUGGGUCAACAGGUGGCACAAAGUCACUGGUAUACUAGCAGUGGACAAACUGUUUACAGUGCAGCCAAAUGAUGUCAAUUUGGUCAGUAACUCCUUCACAUUAAAAGCCCCCUCUGUUUUGACUGUUGAAUGUUUUAAUGUGAAGCAGCAGUGAAUAUGUUGGGCUAGCUUUAGCAGUAACUAAUCAAUGACAUCAAAUUACAAACAGAACGCUGGAUUACAUGCUUUAUUGUUUCCUGUCCUGCCCACAUUCAUAGAUGGGCAAUUUGAAUCCAGCGUUGGAAUGGUGGACUCAGCCACUAAUAUAAAAGGAUAAUUAUAGAAUGAAAAAAUAGCAAUCAUAAAUAGUAUCAAAAGGGGUUGGAUUAUAAUUUGAAAAUACAACAACCACUCCUGGUGCCUGUUACAGAGCUGAUGUAAAGACGAUUUCACACUGCCUGUGGGCUAUAUGGAUCUAAACAGACAGUGUUUUUAAUAUCUGAAGUACACAGUAAAAGCCACAUGUAACCUGCGUAACCUCCAUAAAUGCAGUUGUGAACGUCCUAUAAUGCAAUAUUCUUGUUACCUGAAUAUAUUGUGAAGUGUAACCUGCUCACAGUGCAAAUAGUUGUGCAGAAUGAUUUCCAAGACAAUAUGUUUAGUUUUAUUAUGUCACUGUUUUUAAUUAAGUUAUUACAAUGCUUAUCUGUAUUGUAAACAGUAAAAGGGCUUCAGAUGUCCAUGUGUAUAAUAAAGUCCUGUGUGCAUUAUGUA